GGGUGGGUCGUCCAAAGUAGAAUCCAACGGCGCGCCGCAGCUCCUCCGCCCCUCCGCUCCCGCCGCCUAUAUUCCUUACUUGCGUUCGUUCGUCAAGCCCUUGCACAAGCGCGGGCGGCCCUCCGACCGGCUGAAACCCCGGCGGCCUCCUGAAGAUUACGGUACCGGGAUCGGUCUGAGCCGCCGAGGCCCGCGCAGGCGCUUCCUUAUAUAUCGUUUCUUGGCGUGGCUAAGGUGGUGGUGACCAUCCGGUGAAUAUGGUAUGUAUUGCAUGCUUGAUGUAAUGCGAAGUUGCGAUUUCCCUGUGCUACUACUUCCCGGUUGGCAAAAUGUAAUGCGACCACAAAAAUGUGGUUUCUUGGCCGGGGCACCGGCUUCGUCUGCAUUGCUCCCGUCUCGCAAUGAGGAAAGAUUAAUUAAUUAAUACAGUAUAUAAUCAAGGGUGUUAUUGUUCCCUCUGGGCUCCGGGUCUGGUGCUCAUCCUGUCCUAAAUCUGGGUGCGAUGCGAUUCGCGUUCGGGCGAUUCGACUCGGAUAUUGAUCAAAUGGUAUCGAUUCCUCCCGUCGAUGCGGCAAUUGCUGGCUAAUGUAUGAAUGAACCUUCUACUGCUCAGUUGUUUGUAGGCGGUCUAACACUCCUUGAGUAAUCAGCUGAUGUGAUGUGACACCCACCUGGAUAGAUAGUCUUUUCAUCAAAGAUGGCGAUUUCGCUGGAACAAUUUGAUUAUUUGAGAUACAUAAACAUUGUGUGUGAAGUAUGUGGAGAUAUUGGUUACAGACAACUUCUGCUAUGUUGCGGAGACUGUAAGCGUUAUGCUGUGCACCAGUACUGUUUGGACAAAGUUGUUUUCGAUGCAACGUUGCUAGAAUGGUUCUGUUAUGAAUGCCUACAAAGGCGUGGUGAAGUUACUUGCGUCGCAUCUCUAGAACAGGUGUCAAGUGAAAGCCCACUAAGUCAUGCUCAUUUUGGUCCUCUAGUACAUCAGCGUACUACUAAGAGGGUGGAGUCAGUAACAGGGCCAUAUUCACCCAGUGAUGACUGUGAGGAAUUAUUUUCCUACCCUGGCAUAGAAAGCAUCCCAAGUGUUCAAGAAAUAAGUGUAGAUCCCAUUAAGACUUCAAGUAUUUCUGAACAUGAUACCAUAGAAGCAGCUGCAAGCAGUGAAAGAUUCACGGAGUGUCAAAAGGCUAGCUCCUGUCGCGAGGGGAUAACUGUGAAGAUGGCUAUGGCGCCCUCAUCAUAUGAGAACUCAGGAGAAGACAUUUUCUCUGAAAAUGUAUUUUUGGAAUAUGUUUUGGCAUAUAAAUGUUAUCUAUCUAAAGCACAAAAGAAGAGAGUAAUGGAGCUUAUUCAGGAAAUUCAACCUGAAUUCACAGUUUUUAUAUCAAUAAUGCGGAGGGGCAAUGUGCGACCUCCGGGUCCUUUUCUGGGAAUUAACAAGGAAUAUGCAAAUGCACAUUUCCCAGAUAAAAGCACAAAUGUCACUCUUGAGAUGCCUGACAAGAGCAAGAAGUGGCAUCCCAAAUUCUACAGAAGAGAUGUAAGCAGAACCUGCAUGCUUACGGGACAGUGGCUAGACUUUGUCUGCGACAAUCAUGUGCAGGAGGGAGAUAUAUGCCUCCUUUUACCGACAAAAGAUGAGAUAAGAUGCACGUUUAUGGUCUAUGUUCUUCAUGAAACAACUCAUUCUUCUAGAGGUGAGGCUGGCUUUCAAAUGGGUGGCCCAUGCCCUGGUGCAUCUGGUGUGGCUUCAGAAAUCCAUGUUGAGGAGGAACCAACCACUGGGGAACAUGUUUCUUCAGAAAGUGAUAUGCGAGAAAUUCCUCAUGAAUCUCUCUCGAGAGGAGACUCUGAUGAUCAAUUUGAGCCUCCAUACUUUGUACCAUGCAAGAGUCCUCUAUCUGAAUCCCAAAAGAGAAUGGUUGAGGAGCGAGUGCGAGCUAUCCGAUCUGAAAUUCCCAUUUGUGUGGCAGUAAUGAAGAACAACAAUGUUGGUGUCGCUCAACGUUGGAUGCUAGAAUUAGGUUCACGAUAUGGUUCGGUAUAUCUCCCAACUAAAGGGCAAACCAUAUUGCUCCAGUGCGGGGGGACGACAUGGAAGGCAAAAUUGAUGUUUCAUAAUGGUAGAAGGUGGUUUCUGAAUGGAGGUUGGCCCAAUUUUGCUCGCGGCAAUGGCCUGCGUGUGGGUGACAUCUGUCUAUUCGAACUGAAGAAGAAAGACAGUAAGCUUACCAUGGCAGUCCACAUCAUUCGCAGGGAGAAGUUUUAGUUUGCACUAUACCAAAGUGUGGCUCCUGUUCUUUCGGCUGGUACCCUGGGCUUAUUGUACUUGUUCUAUUUUGACAGUCGUGUGGCUGAUCUCUCGAAGGAUUAGAGACCAAUCUGUAACAUCUGUUGGUAGCUAUCGUGCCGCCUUGCUUUUGCUUAUGUUGUACUUAACACCCUUCUUAAAGUUUCAUCUGAAUUAAAAGUGAUGACUAUUGUUUGUCAUCGAACAUCUAGUCUGUGUUCUCAAUAUAGUCUCUCAUGCCUGUUACGUCUAUCUCCCUCUCAAGAAAGAGAUCCGGUUGUCCAGGAACCAGUUAA